GAACACCAGAUAUGAGGUAAGCUGUGGUGUGUGCUGUCUGUUCAUGUUAAGGGAAGGGAACCGUAUUUACAUUCAUACUUUUGCUUCCACCCUCCAGCUAAAUAAUUUAGGAGGUUAGAUCUUAUGUCGUGCUUGCUGUUCUGCACCAUGCAGCAGCAUAGACUGUGGUGAAGUGAAGACGUGCAGUGUGUGGACGGACUUGUUAGUGACCUGCAGAUUGACCUGCAGGACAAAGAGACACUCGAUGCCCCUCUGCAGGAGCUGAAACACAGUAACAUGACCGGGAAAUAAUACAGACGGGAACUUAAUGGAGCAACAUGUGAGUCAAAGAAACCAUGUAGAAACACCCACCUGCUCCAGAGAAUACCUUAAAAUCUACACACACAUAUACACACACGCACACACCUUGUAGUGCUCAUAUAAUUAAAUCACACCUGUUUCUUAUAGACUUUUAGAGGAUUGAAUACAAUUCAGGUUUUUCUUUACAUCAAGUACCUACACAAAUAUCGUGUGUGUGUGUGUGUGUGUGUGUGUGUGUGUGUGUGUGUGUGUGUGUCAGUCAUCAGGGUUAUGUGGCUUUGGGCCUUAAAGCUGCAGUGUGUGGGAUCUAGUGCCAUCUGGUGGUGGAGGGUGCAGAUUGAAACCAAUUGAACCGUCUCCUGUGUGCCACACAUGUAGGAGAACUACAGUUAUAUUCCACUUCUACCAGUAGAUCCCAUAAAUGCUGCACCCUGUCAUUUUAAGGCCUUGUUCAGACCAACUAGAGCCCUGUGACGAAAUAGUUACUGCACUAACAACUCUACAGAGUUGUAGAGUCUGUAGUUUUUCAGAUAAGCCUUUAAAGGAACAAUGUGUAUGAUUUAGGGGGAGAUUAUUAGAAAUGGAAUAUAAUAUUCAUGACUAUGUCUUCAUUAGUGUAUAAUCAGCUUAGGAUGAGCUGUUUGUGUCUACAGCAGGGUCCUCUUCACAGUCUGUUUUCACAGAACCUCAUUACUGGAUGCUACUAAAUCCUUCACACAGCUCCUGUAAACACAUUAAUCUUUUACUCCAACCGGACUUCCUGGAUCACAUUUCAGUGUUUCACCAACGUGGUGACACAGUGAGACGACAGCUUUAGACUAUGAGUGUACAACAGAAAGACUGCAUUACAAACUGGAGGUGUUUGGAAAGAAGUGGGCAUUUAGCGUUACAUUAUGGGAAAUGUAGGAUGCAAGUAUUGUGGAGCGUGACCCAUGCAGGAACGUGCACUAAAAAUCAGCUUUUUGUUUUUGACCGUUCUUUCUCAAAGGCUGCCUCUAGUGAGACCUCAUCUUUAUGGGUUUGUAACAGAGUAAAUGUGACGUCUCACUGUGGUGGCCUCCACUUCUGCAGGAAGAUGACAGGGUGAAGCUCUCAGUGCAGUUACCGGCAGACCACACUGACAGAUGUCAGACAAGAUGCAGUAUAUUUCUCAACAGGGCGAGAGGCUUGUUGAGGAAUCUCAAAUUUCGCAAUGUCCAUCGGGUCAUAGCUGCUAUGCGAUGUGGAAGCAUCUGACCCUCAUUUCUGUCCUGCCGUGUAAAGGAUCCGACGUCACGUGACCGGGAUGUUGACGUGAUGCUCAGACUCUGUGUGUGUAGACAUGUGAGCAGACUGACGACAGCCUCUUCUCUCCGUCCUUUAUAAACCCAAACAUGAGAAGCAUUCACACGCAACUUGAGCCUCCUCUGCAGAGUGGCCGAGUCCAUUUAGUUCUGCUCCAGUUUGUAUGUAGGUCAUCUGUAGUGGACCAGAGAUGCAUCAGAAUGGCAGCUGCACAUUGCAAUAGAUGGGUUUUUUUGUUUUUGUUUUUUACUGUGUGAUCUUGGACUUAAUAAAGCUUUAAUUUACAUUCAUUCUAUUUAAAUUUUCUUUUACAAUUAUAAGUCUUCAGAAUUGUAGCUUUCCUUCCAUACAAACAACCUGUUAAUAGUUGUGACGUACAACUUGUUUUUAUGUUUCUGUAUGUAUCAAAUAAAUAGGCCAGCACAUGCAGAAACAUUGGUGGACCUUUCAAUUAAUUAUGAAGUCUUUCAUUAAAGCGAGGCGCUACAUUUAACUAGUAGAUAUCACCAGGAAACCUCACCAGUCGAGUACUUACAUCUCUCUUUAACAUACAGAACAUCCUAAGAUCGUUCACCUCUUGUGGGCAGUUUGUUUGAUGUUGAUCAGUUCUGGUUCUUCCCUUCAGUGAAACCUCCUCAUGAAGGAGAAGAAGAAGAAGAGGAAAGACAGAAAUCAUCUUCCCGACUGACUGUAAACCAGGAGGAGCUCCAGAGUCGGUCUCCAUCAUGACACCCUGUGCCAUGGCAGCUGAUCUGGACGUGGUGAACUUGUUCAUAAUUGCGGGGGGAACUCUGGCUAUUCCCAUCCUGGCCUUCGUUGCUUCCUUCCUCCUCUGGCCCUCUGCACUCAUCAGAGUCUACUACUGGUACUGGAGGAGGACUCUGGGCCUGCAGGUGCGCUACGCCGACUGCGGCGGCUAUCGCUUCUGCUUCGCCUCCAGAGGAAAGCCGGGGAUGAGACCCUCCAUCUUAAUGCUGCACGGCUUCUCUGCUCACAAAGACACGUGGCUCACUGUUGUCAAGUAUUUACCGAAACAUCUUCACAUUGUGUGUGUGGACAUGCCGGGUCAUGAGGGAACAACACGCACCAACACAGAGGACUACUCCAUUCAGGGUCAGGUCAGACGGAUCCAUCAGUUUGUGGAAACCGUUCGCUUGAACAGGAAACCUUUCCAUGUGGUCGGGACCGCCAUGGGAGGAAACGUAGCCGGGGUUUACGCAGCCUGCUACCCCUCAGAGAUCUGCAGCAUCACUCUCAUUUGUCCAGACGGUAUAAGACAUCCUUGUGAGACCAAAUUCGACAAUCACCUGCAGGACUUGGAGCACAGCAACUACACACUAAACAUCCCGCUGAUCCCCACCACGCCCGAGGAGAUGGAGGACAUGUUCAGACUCUGUUCUCAUGUUCGCUUUAAAAUCCCUCAGCAGAUUCUUCAAGGGCUGGUAGAUGUUCGACAGCCUCACAACACAUUUUACGAAGAAGUAUUCAUGGAGAUUGUUGGUGAGACAUCGAGAUACGCCUUACAGGAGCACUUACAUCUGAUCGCGGCUCCUUUACAAGUGAUAUGGGGCAAAAAGGACCAGGUGGUGGACGUCUCUGGAGCCGCAGUCAUUGCAGAGGUGUUGCCUGGAUGCAGAGUGGACCUGCUGGAGAACUGUGGACACUCCGUGGUGAUGGAGAGGCCCUGUCGGACAGCCAAACUCAUCCUGGAGUUCAUCAUCUUGCAGCAAGGGGCCAGGGGGGGGCGCGAAGAAAGCCUCCUGAGCUAACUAAAGACUAAUGAACAUGACAUGCACGUGUAAACAGACGUCUAAGCUGUGACAUGUGACAGAAAGCAAGAUUUUUUUUUUUUAUAGUGUUUUGCAUUUCUUAGAAAAUGCAUUGCAUUGUAUGGUAACCUGCAACAUGAUAAUAAA